GUGGGAGGAGGGGGUGUAUUCGCACUGCAGCAUUCAGCAAGGGAGGCAAAGAAGGAAGGCAGACGAGGGGAAGAGGAAGACAAAACCAGAUCAGACAGGAGAGAGAAGGCUCGUUAACUGGGGGUUUAAACUAAUAUCUCUUCGUUAAUUUCUAUUGUUACAGUAAGUUGCCUUUAUCUUGAACUUUUUCGAAGUUGUUCCGAACGGAAAUCAUCGCCGACUGAAUUUGUAACUCUCCUUAGUCAUAACCAAAUACAGACCCAUGAGGAACGGCUGAUUUGACUGAACUAAACGCAAUAGAGCACCCAAAAGGACAUUGACGGACUAUGGCGGCGGUAACAAGCCCGGAAUCAAGCCCACAGCCCCGCGUGUACUUCCAGACGCCUUCUGGUACCGAGGAGGUACCCGAGAUUCCAGUUCGGAAGCAGGGAAGGGUGACCGUGAAAUACGACCGGAAAGAAUUAAGGAAGAGACUGAAUCUGGAGGAAUGGAUUAUUAACCAACUAACGGAUCUUUACGACUGUGAGGAGGAAGCCAUUCCUGAGUUGGAGAUUGACGUGGAUGAGCUGCUGGACAUGCAGGAUGAUGUGGAUCGUGCCUCAAGGGUCAAGGACCUGCUAGUAGAGUGUUACAAACCUACUGACGACUUUGUGUCUGAGCUGCUGGACAAGAUUCGCGGCAUGCAGAAACUCAGCACGCCUCAGAAGAAAUAAAAGCUCUUUCUUCUCCUCCCCCCCUCAUCCUCCCUCCCUCCCUUCCUCUGCCCCACAUCUCCUCUCCUCCACUCAUCCCUCGCUCUCACAGGGGCUCACUGCCCUCCCCCAGAGUUGAUGGAAGGAGUGGGUGAUGGCUGUGACCACAUCCCACAAUCCCCCUCUUUCUCAGGUUGGGGCGAGGGGCAGUAAGGGAGAGGAGCAUGGGACGCGAAUCUAGUCAAUCAGAUCCGAUUAUAAGCAGGGCUUAUGUUCACCAUCUCAUUGUAUUUUAUUCUAUUUGUUGUUGGAAUUUUGUUUUGUUUUGUUUGUUCGGUUGUUACGAUUUAAUUUUGAUUCAAAUGUUUUGAACAGAAGAAAGCAGUUUUAAAUGUUUUUUUUAAUUUAAUUUAAUUUGAUUUGAUGGUAAAAUCAUGUCCUCGUGUUGCUGCGCACGCUUCUGUGUUUUUUUUUUGUUUUUUUUUGGUGUGUGUGUACAUUUUGUGGGCAUAUGCGCACACAUAUAGUCAAGCUGCCAUUAGGGAUAAAGGCACAGGUUGGAGAAUGGACUGGUUCCUGUGUAUUCGCAAAUCACUGGCCAGCACCGUCUGACUCCCCAGCCAAGCAGCCCUAGGCAGCACUCACAGCGGUGUGGUUGCGUUGGUCGGUCUGACUCCCAGCCAAGCAGCCCUAGGCAGCACUCACAGUGGUGAGGUUUCGUUGGUCGGUGGAGAGACGAAGGUGCAGCCAGUGCAGGAGAGAUUAGAAAGAUGAGGCCUUGAUCUUUUCAUUUUUUUUUAUUUAUUCCUUUUAUUUCCCCUUCAUAUGAUGUGCAGUUAAGGGCUUUGUUAUGACAUGAUGGUCUGUCAUGCUACUUUGUAGUAUAGCGAACUAGGAGAGGGAAAGGGGAGAUGGAGGUAGUGGAGGGAUAAUACACACACACACACACACACACACACACACACACUCUCCUUUGGACACAUGCAUACACACAAGUAUACAGAUGCACGCAGAGAGAGACACAGACCACUGUUACCCUCAGGGAACUGUUAGAACACGCUCCUAAACAAGACAGCCAUAGCUGUUUGGCCACACAAACGCACACAGACACACACACACACACUGAAUCAUACAUGUGCUUGCCGGCUCUGUCGCUUUCACAGACGGUGUGCUAGUUUGCACUCCGUCUGAAAGAAAUGGGACGGAGAACGAAGAGGUGAGAGAUGUGGGUGAGUCACAAGGUUCCAACAUCACACCGAAACUCGCUUAUCAAUCAGCCAACGUAUACCCAGACCAGCUUAUUGUCAUAAGUUGCUCUUGCCAAUCAUCUUAGCCACGAUGCCAUUUUCUCUAGGGGCACAGCCAAUCAGAUAAAAGACUGGGCUCAUUGCUGUAGUUCAGGGGUCUGUGAUUUUUUCAGGUAUCCGUAAAGUGACUGCUAGGUGUGUGUGUGUGUGUGUAUAUGUAUGUGUGUGUGUGUGUGUGUGUGUGUGAGAGACCCAAAGAGGGAGAACUGUAAGGGCCAAUCACUACUUUGGAUCCUAAACCAGCACAUGAUCAUGAUCUCUUAUCCCUCCUCGCCUCCGAUGCUCCUCUUCUCUUCCAUUCUUUCUUUCUUCCUCUCUCAGCUCACUGUCACUCUCUCCUUCUCUUUCCUCCUUGCGGUGCUCAUCUUUUCAGAUGAAAGCUUACUGUCCAUUUUUUUAGAUUUUUCUUCUUUCUUUCUUUUUUUUUAUAAUAUAUCAGACGUUGCCUUAGGUUUUUAAGUUACACAGACCAAAUAAAUAGAGACAUUUAAUUUUGGAAAAAAAAGUCAAUUUACACAAAAUGGAAACUUUGGAAGCUUUAGAGGAGUAAAGUACUCUCCUUUUUUUGAUGUGGGUGAUCGUUUUUCUAGGAGUGGGUAUUGACUUUAGACCCUGUUACGGUGCAUUCUUAGGUGCAAAUAUUAACAUUUAAUGGAAUAGUGGGAUUUUUACUGUGUACGAGCUAGUGCUGUUGAUUCCUUUUCUUUUUUACUGUAAAAUAACUUCCGAAACAAGUGGAUUUCAUUAAAAAAAGAAUAAAAAACAAACACAAAUACUUCUAUGAAACAAACGUAGAAUUGUUAGAGAAAGCUCCAGAGCUGUGUUUUUGAAAACAACUGAGAAUAAUGUAGCAAUAUUAUACUGUCCUGUUCUCCCAUUUGUUACACUUUUAUGCAACUUUAAUAAAAAUAUGUAAAAUACA